UACGUGGUUCCUGUUAGUUCAUAUUUUGGUACUUUUAUGCUGUUGACGUGUAUAACUUUACCAAAAUAUGCAGUGCAUGUAAUUUCACAAAACAGUGUUCAAAUAAUUCUUAAAAAAUACAUUCGGCGAUAAGUGUCGACGUGUAAAAUGGCGUGGUUAGGUGACGGGCUGCCUAGCUUGUCGAAUUUAAAGGGACACAUAACAAACUUUACGAAGGAGGUCUUAUCCGAGGGCAUUGUAGAAGAAAUAGAUGAUCGAUCUGUAGCAUUGAAGGAAGCAAACGAGAAAUGCGUUGAAUUGCAAGAAGUACUCAACUCGAAAGACACUGAAAUCUCGCAGCUACGUCGACAGAACUGCGAGCUCCAGAGGACUGUCGUUGAACUGAAAGCGAAACCGAAGGAUUCGAAUAACAGUAACCAGGAUGACGAUCCAUCGAAUAAUCGUAAUUCGAAGAGCCAGAAUCAGGUGCCGCAGUUGCAAGAACAAUUGGCACAAGCCACCAUGAGGAUACACGAUUUGGAAGCGGAACUUAAACGCGUUCGGAAGGUUAACAAUUCCUCGUUGAACGACGAACUCACCGAUGGACACGACACGGCGAAAUUAACGAGGGCCAAGCUAAACAUGGUGUAUCGUAUAACGCAAAUGGAGGAAAAGAGCCACGAGACAGAGAAGAACGCUGUACGAAUGCAAUCGGAUGAAACAAUGUUGAUCAACGAUUUCCGCACCGUACUGUCCGAGCUGAACUCUCUGGAGAAGCUGGAUCUCGUACGGGGUGCACUGAAAGCUCUGGAAAGCGAGAACGAGAGGCACAGCGAGGCUGACAAGCACGAAAAGUCCGACUUCAACGAGAAAUUUCAAAGGCCUAGCGUGGUCGUCGAUCACCAGUCGUCCAUCGAGUUCAACAAACCUAAUUUCGACGUGAACACAGAGAAUCACAAGCGGCACGAACGAUUUAUCGAGGCUUCCAGUAACAGGGAGUCCGAGUUGUGCAAGAAAGUGGAGGAGCUCGAGGAGGAGAACAACAGAUUGUUCGCCAGUAUCGAAAUACUCGACCAGCAGCACGAAGAAUCGCUAGAAAAGCUGCUGUCUAUGAAAAAAGAGCUCGAGAAGAAGCACCAAUGCCUUCAAAACGCUUACGAAGAACUUUACGUGGACUACAGACAGGCUCAAGACAGUGUCGCCGAAUUGCAAGGUAAAUUCACGGAUUCGAACAGGAGGAUACAAACCGAAACCGUCUCGUGUUCCGUGCAAACUGAAAAUUUCGAAAACGUGCAAGAGAAACACGUACAGACGAACGUUCCACAAAUGAUCGAGGACAAGAUCGUCCAAACGAACGAUCCAGAAAUGAUCGAGCACAAGAUCGUCCAAACGAACGAUCCAGAAAUGAUCGAGCACAAGAUCGUCCAAACGAACGAUCCAGAAAUGAUCGAGCACAAGAUCGUCCAAACGAACGAUCCAGUAAUGAUCGAGCACAAGAUCGUCCAAACGAACGAUCCAGUAAUGAUCGAGCACAAGAUCGUCCAAACGAACGAUCCAGUAAUGAUCGAGCACAAGAUCGUCCAAACGAACAUUUCAGAAAUGAUCGAGCACAAGAUCGUCCAAACGAACGAUCCGGAAAUGAUCGAGAACAAGAUCGUCCAAACGAACGAUCCGGAAAUGAUCGAGGACAAGAUCGUCCAAACGAACGAUCCGGAAGUGAUCGAGGACAAGAUCGUGCAGACGGACGAUCGAGAAAUGAUCGAGGAGAAGAACGUCGAGAACGACGUCGACGAGCUAACGAAAAGAGUGAAGGACAUUUUGAAGAACUCCAGCGUGGAAACGGAAGAGGGCGAGUCGAUCUUCGAGGCGGUCGCGAAGCAAUACAUCGAUUUGAAAUGGAAGAAGGACGUCUUGGAGAGAAAGGUGCUGGAGCUGACGAAGGAGCUGAAGGAGAUCGCCGAGGUUAAAGACAGCCUGCAGAUCGAAUGUCGCAUGGAGAAAUCGAUGACCUACUCGCUGUUGCACGAGUUGCAAGAGAUUCAAGACUUGAAGUUGAAUUUGUAUUCGAUACCGGAGGCGAACGAGGAACGGGUCGUCUCGUUGGAAACGGAAACGGAGUCGCUGCACGACGAGGUGAAGCUCCUCGAGUCAGAAAACGCCGCUCUACGGAUGGAGAACGCCGUGUUGCAGGGAGCUGUCUCAGACGAGACGCUGUUAGAGAGUCAAGAUCAAUCGGAAGCCGCGGCUCAGUGUAUGAAACCGACCAGGUUGGAGGAUAUCCCGGAGGAUGUCGAGGAGACCGUUAACGCGGUUUGCGAGAGAUGCAAGAGGCUGGACGAGAACGCCGAACUCGUCGAGGAGUUGAAGCUCGAGCUUCAAAACAUGAGGCAAGGGUUGAAGACAGUCGUUGCUAACGAAAGAUCAACGGGCGACAGAUUGAGAGAUCUUCAGGAACAGCUGGAUAAAGCUACCCGCGAGAAACUCACCUUGGAACGUAGUAUGUUUAACAUAAGGGAAGAAUUGGACGACGCGUUGAACCAGUUGGAUAUGAAGCAAACCUACAUACUGGAAUUGAGCGAGGAGAAUAUCGGUUUGAAGAAGAGACAGAGUUUGUUGCACGAGGAAUUAACAGAGGAGAAUAACAGUUUGAAGAAGAAACAGUGUUCGUUGCACGAGCAAUUAAGCGACAUGCAGUACGAGUACGAAAAUAAAAUAGAUUUGUUGAACAUAGAGAAGAUCGAUUUGGAGGAAAUGAUAGAGAUCAUGAACGCAGAUCUAGUCAGAUUGGAGGAGUCGUAUGAACAUCUGCGUGAAAAUAUAAAGAAAGAGGAGGAAUUGAAGUACAACUCGAAGAUUAGCACGUUGACAGAGAAAUUAAGCUCCGUGGAAAACGAUCACGCUCGAUUGUCGAACGAAGUUGAAACGUUGCGUCUGAGGGAAGGGGAGUUCGCGAAGUUGCAAGAGAAUUUUGCGAAAGUUACAGAAGAAGCUAGGACUUUAGAGAGCGAAUACGAAACGAUUAAAGAUAAUUGUAAAAAAUUAGAAAACGAGAUGAUGUGUUUGCAAACGGAGAAAAGAGAGCUGUUGAGUCGUUUAAACGAACAUGUCUGUGAUAAUGAUAUGCAACAAAUUGUAGCUCUAUUAGAGGAGAAAACCCGUGAGAACGAAGCGUUGAAAAUCGAUAACAGGGAAUUAUCGGAGAAACUGAACGAUUCGCAAAGAAAAUUGCAAGACACCAUCGAUGAGAAAAUAGAAUCGGCUAGUAUGGCCAAGGAGACGAUGCAAAACACGUUUCACCUUAUCAAAGAGAAAGACGAGAAAAUCGACGAACUGAAUAAACUGCUGAAACUUGCCAAGGAUGACGCGCAAAUGUUGGAACAUUUUGCCACGAUAAAGAACGAAAGGGACGAGCUUGUAAAGCUUGUUACCAUCAAGCACAACGAAAGCGUACAAUAUCACGGGGAAAUUCAAAAGUUGUCGCAGUCCUUGACAGAACAGGCGACGAUGAUUCGAAGCUUGUUGGAGGAAAGAGACACGGUUCUGAACGAAUUGAAGGAGAAAAACGCCGAACUUCUAUGGACGAAGAAUGAGUUACAGGCGGUUCAUCAACGUUUGAGAAACGCCGAAGAAUCGAACAGCAAGGAAACAUGCGGGAUCGUCGAGCAUUCGACGCAAACGUCGGAGAUCGCGAUUCUCAAAGAGAAGUGCAACGCGUUGGAGGCAGCCUUGAUCCAAGAGCAAUCGAACAACAGGAUGCUGCAGAAUCAGUUCAACGAGAGUCAAAGCAAAGAGGCGAAUGCAGGGAAGGAGCUGGAAAGGCUGCGAGCACAUUUGGUUGAAAUGGAAUCGAGCUACACGGAAGAAGCUUUACUUGCUGAAGAAACGCGAAAAGAACUGGAGGUGAAGCUGCAGCAGGCUGAAGAGAAGAUGAAGAGUAGUUCAACAGCGUACACGUCUGUGAAUAUAAGGGCGAACCAACAAGUGGAAACGUUGCAGCAACAAAUGGCGUUGAUUGUCCAGCAAAGGGACGACAUACAGAAUAAGUUAUCCGCUGCUGAAGAUAAAAUUUUGUCACAGACUGCCUCUUUGUCUAAUUUACAGAUUGUCCUCGAACAGUUUCAACGAGAUAAGGAAAAAGAUAUCAUAGCAGCCACGGAAAGAAUUCACUCUAAACUAACUGAAUCCUAUAAAAGGCAAGAAGAAUUAGCCAUAGAUGUUACAAACCUUAAGGAACAAUUAACCGAAGCUAAAGAAUGUUUACAAGCAGCAUCCAGAUUAAGUGAACAACUUGAUAAAAAAACAGAACGUAUCCAACAACUGAGCCAAGAAGUGGACCGAUUAACGAAUCUCGUAAACACUGCUGAUCGCAGGAUAGAGGAGGCAAAACAAAGUGGAGAGGGAAAAGUUGAUAAAACUCUAGUUAAGAAUCUUUUAUUGGGUUUCUUAUCUUCGCCAGCAGCAGAUAAAUCUUCAGUGCUCAGAGUAUUCUCUACAGUUUUGGACUUUAGUGAAACAGAAAAGGAUAAAGCUGGAUUGAACAAUGCAGCUGUGCAUAAUAGUUGGUUUUCGCGGUUAAGUGGUGAAUCUACCGUUUCCAAUAAGGAUCAGGAAGCGUCCUUGUCAGCAGCGUUUGUAAGAUUUUUAGAAAAUGAAUCAAAACCUAAGCCACAGUUACCUGCUUUACCAAUACAAACAUCGUCUUUAUCGCGUCCAGGCCAUAGCAGACAACAUUCUACAUCAUCGACGCAGUCUACUUUGUUACUAUCCAAUGUAAAUUUACCAACAUUCCCGGAUUUCGUUCCGCCCAGAAAUACAGGAUCUAUUUUAAAGGAAGUACUGAAAGAUAGCUGA